AACGCGGCCCUCUGUAAUGGCGGAGCGUGGCGGGGACGGGGGGGACGGUGAGCGAUUCAAUCCGGGGGAGCUCAGGAUGGCUCAACAGCAGGCCUUGAGGUUCCGAGGCCCAGCUCCCCCACCAAAUGCAGUGAUGCGAGGCCCACCACCUCUCAUGCGACCUCCUCCACCUUUUGGUAUGAUGCGAGGCCCUCCUCCACCACCUCGGCCUCCAUUUGGACGUCCUCCUUUUGAUCCUAAUAUGCCACCAAUGCCUCCUCCAGGAGGGAUUCCUCCACCUAUGGGCCCUCCACACCUCCAGAGACCACCUUUCAUGCCUCCACCCAUGGGAACCAUGCCUCCUCCACCGGGUAUGAUGUUUCCACCAGGAAUGCCUCCUGUGACUGCUCCUGGUACUCCAGCACUGCCUCCUACUGAGGAGAUAUGGGUUGAAAAUAAAACUCCAGAUGGGAAGGUUUAUUAUUACAAUGCUCGGACACGUGAAUCUGCAUGGACCAAGCCAGAUGGAGUUAAGGUUAUUCAGCAGUCAGAACUGACACCUAUGCUUGCAGCCCAGGCCCAGGUUCAGGCCCAAGCCCAGGCACAGGCACAGGCACAGGCACAGGCACAGGCACAAGCACAAGCUCAAGCUCAAGCUCAAGCUCAAGCGCAGGCCCAGGCACAAGCGCAGGCACAGGCCCAGGCACAGGCUCAGGCCCAGGCCCAGGCCCAGGCCCAGGCCCAGGUGCAGGCGCAAGUGCAAGCACAAGCAGUGGGAGCUUCCACCCCUACGACCAGUAGCCCAGCACCUGCGGUAUCCACUUCAACGUCAUCAUCAACCCCAUCCUCUACCACUUCUACCACAACAACUGCCUCUUCAGUUUCGCAGACAGUAUCAAAGUUUCCAGUUUUUCUAAUUGAGGAGGCAAGAAUAAUGCAUGUGAAACAAUUAGAGAAUAGCGUGCAAAGUUAUGCAGCGAAAAUAGAAGAUAUAAGAAUUCAAGAAAACGGAGAGACAACACCCACAACACAAGAUCAGACCCCAAGUUCUGCUGUUUCAGUUGCCACGCCUACAGUUAGUGUUUCAACUCCUGCUCCUACAGCCACACCUGUGCAAACCGUUCCUCAGCCGCACCCCCAGGCGUUACCUCCUGCCGUUCCUCAUUCAGUACCUCAGCCAGCAGCAGCAAUACCUGCUUUUCCACCCGUAAUGGUACCUCCAUUUCGUGUUCCCCUUCCUGGCAUGCCAAUUCCACUUCCAGGUGUAGCAAUGAUGCAAAUAGUCAGCUGCCCGUAUGUAAAGACAGUCGCUACCACCAAGACCGGUGUAUUGCCAGGAAUGGCCCCUCCUAUUGUACCCAUGAUACACCCCCAGGUUGCUAUUGCAGCUUCACCUGCUACCUUAGCUGGAGCAACAGCAGUUUCUGAGUGGACUGAAUAUAAAACAGCAGAUGGGAAGACAUAUUAUUAUAAUAAUAGAACAUUAGAAUCAACCUGGGAAAAACCCCAAGAGCUAAAGGAAAAAGAAAAAUUAGAGGAGAAGAUUAAAGAGCCAAUUAAAGAACCUUCUGAAGAACCUCUGCCAAUGGAGACGGAGGAGGAGGAUCCUAAAGAAGAGCCAAUAAAGGAGAUAAAAGAGGAGCCCAAAGAAGAAGAGAUGACCGAAGAAGAAAAAGCCGCCCAGAAGGCAAAACCAGUGGCUACUACUCCUAUUCCUGGUACUCCAUGGUGUGUUGUUUGGACUGGUGAUGAGAGGGUCUUCUUUUAUAAUCCUACCACCCGUCUUUCUAUGUGGGACCGACCUGAUGAUCUGAUUGGAAGGGCGGAUGUUGACAAAAUUAUUCAGGAGCCCCCUCAUAAAAAAGGAAUGGAAGAAGUGAAGAAACUAAGGCACCCAACCCCAACAAUGCUGUCCAUCCAAAAGUGGCAGUUCUCUAUGAGCGCAAUUAAAGAAGAACAAGAAUUAAUGGAAGAAAUGAAUGAAGAUGAACCUGUUAAAGCCAAAAAACGGAAGAGAGACGAUAAUAAAGACAUUGAUUCAGAGAAAGAAGCUGCCAUGGAAGCUGAAAUUAAAGCUGCCCGAGAAAGGGCCAUUGUCCCUCUGGAGGCCCGAAUGAAGCAGUUCAAGGACAUGCUGCUAGAGAGAGGGGUGUCUGCUUUUUCAACAUGGGAGAAGGAGUUACACAAGAUAGUUUUUGAUCCUCGGUACUUAUUGCUUAAUCCAAAAGAGAGAAAACAGGUAUUUGAUCAGUAUGUAAAGACCAGGGCAGAGGAAGAACGCAGGGAAAAGAAAAACAAAAUAAUGCAAGCCAAGGAAGAUUUCAAAAAAAUGAUGGAAGAAGCAAAAUUUAAUCCAAGAGCUACUUUUAGUGAAUUUGCAGCCAAGCAUGCUAAAGAUUCAAGAUUCAAAGCAAUUGAAAAGAUGAAAGAUCGAGAAGCCUUGUUUAAUGAAUUUGUGGCAGCUGCAAGGAAGAAAGAGAAAGAAGAUUCGAAGACCAGAGGUGAGAAGAUAAAAUCAGAUUUCUUUGAACUAUUAUCUAAUCAUCACUUGGACAGUCAGUCUCGAUGGAGCAAAGUAAAAGACAAAGUAGAAAGUGAUCCACGUUACAAAGCAGUGGAUAGUUCAUCAAUGAGAGAAGACCUUUUCAAACAGUACAUUGAAAAAAUAGCCAAGAAUUUAGACUCAGAAAAAGAAAAGGAGCUUGAAAGGCAAGCCCGCAUUGAGGCAAGCCUUCGAGAACGAGAAAGAGAGGUGCAGAAGGCUCGUUCAGAGCAAACAAAAGAAAUAGAUCGAGAGAGAGAACAGCACAAACGAGAAGAAGCUAUCCAGAAUUUCAAGGCUCUUCUGUCUGAUAUGGUACGUUCUUCAGAUGUGUCCUGGUCUGAUACUCGGAGGACUCUUCGGAAAGAUCACCGCUGGGAAUCUGGAUCCUUGUUGGAAAGAGAAGAGAAAGAGAAGCUUUUUAAUGAACACAUUGAAGCACUUACCAAAAAGAAGAGGGAGCACUUUAGGCAACUUUUGGAUGAAACUUCUGCAAUCACCUUAACAUCCACGUGGAAAGAAGUAAAAAAAAUCAUUAAGGAAGAUCCUCGGUGCAUUAAGUUCUCCUCCAGUGACAGGAAAAAACAAAGAGAGUUUGAAGAAUACAUCAGAGACAAAUACAUCACAGCCAAAGCUGACUUCAGGACGCUUUUGAAAGAGACCAAAUUUAUAACAUAUAGAUCCAAAAAGCUAAUCCAGGAAUCUGAUCAGCACCUGAAAGAUGUAGAAAAAAUUUUGCAGAAUGACAAACGGUAUCUAGUACUAGACUGUGUGCCAGAGGAGAGGCGCAAACUGAUUGUGGCAUAUGUGGAUGACCUGGAUCGCCGGGGUCCACCCCCACCUCCCACAGCAUCAGAGCCCACAAGACGAUCAACAAAAUAAUUCUGAAUACUCUUCCACAGGGGAGUCUGUUAAUUCAAAACGCUUGCAUGAGCCAAUUUUCAGGUUUUUACAUGUAUGUGCAUUAGUCAAACUAUUGCAAAACCAUCUGAUGAACAGAAGGAGAAGCAUCCGUGAACAGUAUCUGAACAGAGAACACUUUGGAAAUAUUUAUGCUUUUCUUUGUGUGGCAUGACUGACUUGCAUACUCAAAUAUAGGCUGUCUCUAGUAAAUCUAAAAUCUUGAAGCUAAAAAAUUAUCCUUUUAUGAGGUGUGGAAGUCAGUGACUUUUGGUGACGUUCUUUCUAGCAGUGUUAUAAUACAUGCAAGACGUAAGAGCAUUUGUGGUUUGAACUUGCAAGAUGCAGAUACCACAGACUCCAAAAAAACCUAAGUUGGGGUUUGUUUUGUUUUGAUUUUGUUUUUUAAAGCGGGUAAAAGACAAAACACUGAAAAUUGAAUUCUUAUCUUCCAGAGGCUAAGAUUAUUAUAAUGGACAUACUUUUACCUUUGUCUCUAAAGAACACUUUAGUUUUAUUUGUUCACUUAUGUGCUUUGAUUAUCCCCUUUGAAUUAUAGGCCAAGUCUUGUUGUUUAGCCUAAGAGAAGAUUUAUUUAGUAAUUUCUUCUCAGGUAUGGAACCAUGGUCAUAACUAACAUGUUGACCAGACUAGGACUGCUGUUAAACACAUUUUAUUCACCAUUAAGCAAUCUUUAUCAAUAUUCUGGAUUAGACAACAAAUUACCUUUCUUGGGUGUUCCCUGUAAACUGUACUCCUAUUUGAAUGUUAAAUUUUUGUUUCUAAAGUUUAAUUUUAAGAUGUUUGAAUGUUCAGUUUAUGUAUUUGAACUACAAUAA